AUGAGCAAGCCAAAGACAGCAGUUCCAAGUCUCUCUCCAAGUAAGGAGAUUAUGGAAUUGAAAUCACUAAAGCGCCAGCGAACUGUUGCGAAAAAUAGUAUAGUGCGCAUAAAAACGGGUCUCCUCGAUAAAACAAUGACGUUAGAUCCAAUUGAAUUGGAGUGUCGACUGGACAUUUUGAACUCUCAUAGCGAUAAGCUUAUGAAGUGUCAGUCGAAAAUUGAAGAAAUCGACGAGGAAGACAUAGCCCGUGGGGAGUUAGAGGACCUAAUAGUGGAAACUAAGUCCGUUAUAAAAUCUAUUCUGGCGAGUAAUAAAUCGUCAAUAGCCGAAACAUCAUUUGUUGCACCUCACAGCUCGCGACUACCGAAAAUGUCGCUACCGAAAUUUAAAGGGGAAUAUUCGGAAUUUAAAAAUUUUAUGAGUCUGUUCGAGAGUUUGGUGCACAACGAUCCUACAAUCCCAGAAAUUGAGAAAUUUAAUCACUUGGUUAACUGUCUGUCUGGUGAAGCUUUGGGAACGGUAAAGGCCUUCCAAAUGUCGGGUGAAAAUUAUUCGAAGGCGUUGGCUAGUCUCAAAAAACCAUCUGCGCUUUCAUUGCGCACAAUGAUUGAUACAGUGUCGGCUGUUUACGACUCGUUGCUGUCGUUAGGUGACGAGAAAAACAUCACAAACGCUAUCAUAAUUCAUCUGGUAAUGUCAAAAGUUGACACCGUUACUCGGUCAAAGUGGGAGGAACAGUUGGAUUAUGAUAAGCUGCCAUUAUGGCGUGAGUGUGAGGCAGCAUUAAAUAAACGCUACCAACAUUUAUCUACCGAUGAAGCCUCAACGUCGAGGCUCAAGCCGUCAAGCAGUCACAGCAUUCAGAAACCCCACCUUCAUGCGGGAAGGACGAAAGCUGCCUUAGUGACUUCAAAUAUAAAACAGCCGGUGUGUCCGCACUGUAAAUCAAAUGAUCAUAGUAUACCCGCGUGUCCUACUUUUAAAACUCUCUCUGCUCAGCAGCGAUUUGAGUUUGCUAAAUCAGUCCCCUUAUUCAUAAAUUGUUUGCGAAAGGGGCACUCAGUUUCAAAGUGCAAAACGGAUCGGUGUCGUGUUUGCAACCGUUCGCAUCACACGUUGCUGCACCAGUACCCUGUAUCCUUUGCAACUGCACCACAACUUUCGACCUCGCAUGCCAUGCACACGACGAGUACGCCAGAUCGGGUUAUGUUGGCUACAGCCGUAGUCAACGUAAAAAGUAGCUCCGGAGAGUACCUUGCUGCACGAGCCUUGCUGGAUUCUGGAUCUCAGGUGAAUUUCAUGACAGAGGAUUUGGCGCAGAAAUUACGAAUUCGUCGCGAAAGUACGACCUUAAAUAUUAUCGGCAUCGGAAAUGCAACCAAAAAAGUAAGGACGAAAUUAAAUACGUUUGUAAAAUCGCGGGUCAAUAAUUAUGAGUUUUCGGCACAGUUUUGGAUAAUGCGAUCCAUUUCAGCCAGCCAUCCAGAUCGUAACGUAAAUAUUAAUGGCUGGAAAAUUCCUGAAAACAUUAGCUUAGCGGACCCAGAAUUUUAUAAGGCUCAAAAGGUAGAUCUUUUGUUAGGUGCUGAAACAUUUUUCGAGCUUUUAGCUGUAGGCCAGAUCAAGGCCAGCCCCAAUCACCCAACAUUGCAAAAGACACUUUUAGGCUGGGUUGUGUCUGGCAAAUACGCCUCCAACCAACGUCCUCCUCCCACAGUCAGUAGCACAUUAUGCCAUACUGAACAAGAUCUAGCAAAUAUAGAUUCCAUUGUCCAAAGGUUCUGGGCGAUGGAAGAAAUACCUUCAGGGGCUAGUUCGACAAAAUUCACACCUGAACAAAUAGAGUGUGAAAAAUUUUUCGUAAAAACUACUAAAGUUUUGCCUUCAGGAAGGCUUCAAGUAAGACUGCCUUUCAAAGAUGACCGUAAGUUACUCGGUAAUUCCUAUGAAACCGCGUCUCGGCGGUUUCAGGCCCUGGAGAGAAAGACCUUGAAAGAUCCAAAACUUCGUCAAAUGUAUCUGGACUUCAUGAAUGAAUACAUCGAAUUGGGUCACAUGAGCCCAACAAAUAAUAAGAUCCCGAGUGAGCCACACUACUUCAUUCCGCAUCAAUGCGUUCUUCGGCCUGAAAGUACGACGAAUAAAUUACGUGUUGUUUUCGACGCAUCAAGUCGUACCUCUUCUCAAAUUGCGUUGAAAUCUUGA